UCUAUUCGGAAACCAGAGUCGAACAUCAUCAGUUCUGUUCUGAAUGUCGAGAUUACGGCAGAUGUAGUGCGAACGAUGCGACCCUGACCGUGGCAGUGAUCUCGCGAUAAACUCGCGACAACGAACAACGCCAUAAGAGUAGUGAAGCAGUAUUUCAGGAUGAUGCCUGUGAGCUGCAUUGUUCUGUCGUUGGCUCUCGUUUUCGGCGGCACUGUUGAAGGCUUCAAUUUCCCAGCCGGGGAGCGGAUUUCGGUGCAGAAAUGUCACGAAUACCGCAAACUGACGGUGAAAACAUCGACGCUCAUCACACUGUCGCUUCGGCCGAUGUCAAUAGUUUACGAGGAUUACAAAUGUCCGAAUGUGGUAGAUCUAAUCGUUGGUGGUGUAGCCGCCCGAAGAGGCGAGUUUCCUCACCAGGCACUGCUGGGCUAUCCUGGGGAAGAAGAUCCGCGAAGUGUUGAGUUUAAAUGUGGCGGAUCCCUAAUAAGUGAACGGUUCGUACUAACGGCUGCGCACUGCUCGUCCGCGGCCAAACCGACCAUUGUUCGACUGGGGGAAAGUGAUUUACGCUAUGAUGAUGACGAUCAGGUGGAUUUUGAUAUCGAGAGUUUCAUUCGACAUCCGGAGUAUACACCUCGGCGAGCGUACCACGAUAUCGCCCUCGUGAAAAUGGUCCAGGAUGUACUCUUCACCAAACUGAUCAGACCAGCCUGCCUAUGGACGGGACAUGGCCUGAAUAUAACCACUGCCUAUGCGACUGGUUUUGGAAGGACAGAAUUCGCUGGUGCAACAUCCGACAUUUUGAUGAAAGUCCAACUGGAUAUUCUGGACCAGUCGGAAUGUAGUUCUUUCGCGACCAGCAGAAAAUUCAAUCGUGGGGUUAUCGAGGAACAGAUAUGCGUUGGUAGUCGUGAGGGGGGCAAAGAUACGUGCCAAGGUGACUCAGGAGGUCCGCUGGAGACGGUGACCGAUCAGAAAGGAUGUAUGUUUCACAUACUGGGAAUUACGUCCACGGGUGCGGCAUGCGGCUACGGGAAAUCCCCGUCCAUUUACACUCGAGUGGCGAGCUACAUCGACUGGAUUGAGUCACUGGUUUGGAGUUCGAGUUGAGUGAAGCGUAACACUGGUUAUUCUAAUGUAUGCAAUAUUUAGGAUCUAUUUAUUAAAGCAGUUAAAAUUCUGCGGCACUAUUUCUGCUAGGUUCACGAACCAAAAGAAACGCAAAAUG